ACACCUCCCUCCUUGGAAACACUCAGAAGACGAUGUCAGCCCAGUCCCUUCCUGCAGCAACGCCCCCUACGCUGAAGCCCCCUCGGAUCAUCCGCCCGCGCCCCCCUUCUCGCCAUCGGGCUCCACACUCUCCGGGGCCUCCCCACAAUGGCUCCUCUUCGAAGGCACUUCCUCAAAUUCCCAAUGAUGCAUCAGCCUCAAUGUGCACCUCCAUCUUCUGGGAGCCCCCCACGUCUUCCCUGAAGCCCCCUGCCCUUCUACCCCCCUCAGUUUCUAGAACCAGCCUGGACUCUCAGACUUCUCCUGACUCUCCUUCCAGCACACCCAGUCCCAGCCCAGUGUCCCGGCGUUCUGUCUCCCCAGAGCCAGCUCCCUGCUCUCCAGUGCCUCCACCCAAGCCCUCUGGGUCUCCCCGAACACGAACACGUGUGCCCUCGCUCCCUAUGCCUCUCCAGGAUGGCUCUGCCUCGGCCCCUGGCACGCUCCCUAUGCCUCUCCAGGAUGGCUCUGCCUCGGCCCCUGGCACGGUUCGUAGAUUGGCCGGCAAGUUUGAAUGGGGGGCUGAAGGCAAAGCCCAGUCCUCAGAUUCCCUGGAGCGAUGCUCUCAAGGGGGCACGGAUGUGAAUGGGGAGAGAGAGACUCUCCAAGCCGUCCUUUCCGGGAAUGGGUCCCAGGAGAAUGGCCCUCCAGAUGCUGUCUUGGCCUGCCCCCCAUGCUGCCCCUGUGUCUGCCAUGUAGCAAAGCCUGGCCUGGAGCUCCGAUGGGUGCCUGUGGGGAGUUCUGAUGACAUCCUCAGGGCCCCCUGCCGGGCAUCCCCACUGCGAGCCUCCCGCUCCCGCAUCAACCCACCCAUCAUCAGUCACCCUCCAGUUGUCCUUACAUCUUACCGCUCCACUGCUGAGCGCAAACUCCUGCCUCCCCUCAAGCCCCCCAAACCAACUCGAGUUAGACAGGAAACCAGCACCUCUGGGGAGCUUCCACAGCCGGACCCGGAACUGCCUUCAGAAGAUGGGAUCCAAACAGGUACAAGGGCCUGGAGUAGGGACAGGCCUGAAGAAGCACCUCAGAAUGUUCCUCCUGCAGCCUUGGAGGGAAGGGAUGAGGAAGGGUUGGAGGUGUUGAAGGAGCAGUGGGAGCUGCCCCUGCAGGACGAACCUUUAUACCAGACUUACAGAGCAGCUGUGCUGUCAGAGGAGCUGUGGGGUGUGGGUGAGGAUGGGGGCCCCUCUCCGGCUAAUCCCGGAGAAGCUCCCACCUUCUCCAGGCUUCCUGGACCUCGAAAUACUCUGUGGCAGGAGCUUCCGGCUGUGCGAGCCAGUGGUCUCUUAGAGAGCCUAAGCCCCCAGGAAAGACGCAUGCAGGAGAGCCUGUUUGAGGUGGUGACCUCAGAGGCCUCCUACCUACGCUCCCUGAGGCUACUGACUGACACCUUCGUCCUGAGCCGGGCUCUUCGGGACACGCUCACUCCUCGGGAUCACCACACACUUUUCUCCAAUGUGCAGCGAGUCCAGGGUGUCAGUGAGCGGUUUCUAGGAACAUUACUGUCCCGUGUUCGUUCUUCCCCACACAUCAGUGACCUGUGUGAUGUGGUGCAUGCCCAUGCAGUUGGUCCUUUCUCAGUGUAUGUGGAUUAUGUACGGAACCAGCAGUAUCAGGAGGAGACCUACAGUCGCCUUAUGGACACUAAUGUGCGCUUCUCUGCGGAGCUGCGAAGGCUGCAGAGCCUCCCCAAAUGUGAGCGGCUCCCACUGCCAUCUUUCCUGCUCCUGCCCUUCCAGCGUAUCACCCGGCUCCGGAUGCUGCUGCAGAAUAUCCUAGGCCAGACCGAGGAGGGAUCCAGUCGCCAGGAGAAUGCCCAGAAGGCCCUGGGUGCUGUGAGCAAGAUCAUUGAGCGCUGCAGCGCUGAGGUGGGGCGCAUGAAGCAGACCGAAGAGCUGAUCCGACUCACCCAAAGGUUGCGCUUCCACAAGGUCAAGGCUCUACCCCUGGUCUCCUGGUCACGUCGCCUGGAAUUGCAGGGGGAACUGACAGAGUUGGGAUGUCGGAGGGGGGGUGUGCUCUUCAACUCCCGUCCCCGCUUCACACCCCUUUGUCUGCUGCUCUUCAGUGAUCUGCUGCUUAUCACUCAGCCCAAGAGUGGGCAGCGGUUGCAGGUUCUGGACUAUGCCCAUCGCUCCCUGGUGCAGGCCCAGCAGGUUCCUGACCCAUCUGGACCCCCUACAUUCCGCCUCUCUCUUCUAAGCAACCACCAGGGCCGCCCCACCCACAGGCUACUCCAAGCAGCCUCACUGUCAGACAUGCAGCGCUGGCUAGGAGCUUUUCCCACCCCAGGGCCCCUUCCCUGUUCCCCAGACACCAUCUAUGAGGACUGUGAGUGUUCCCAGGAGCUGUGUUCAGAGCCAUCAACACCUUCCAAGACAGAGGGGCAAAGUCUGGAUUCCAAGGUCCCCCGCAAGCAUCCACACAAGAAUCCUGAAGGUUGGCUUAAGGGGCUUCCUGGAGCCUUCCCUGCCCAGUUGGUGUGUGAAGUCACUGGAGAACAUGAAAGGAGAAAGCAUCUUCGGCAGCAUCAGAAGCUUCUUGAGGCUGUGGGACCCUCUUCAGGCACCUCUGAUACCCCUCAACCCUAACGCAGGCUAGGGAGGGGGCGCAGAUUGGGACACUGGCAGCAGCAUGGAGAAGACGAAGUCUGCCUAUCAAUCCAUAUCCAUCUAUCAUCUGUUUGCUGUCAGUGGAAGCACUACCUCUAGUGGCAACCAGGAGACCACAGAGCUUCAGGACAGAGCAGUUAAAGAAACAGGCCAUCUGAGUCCACAACAAGAAAGAACGAUAAUGGCUUGAAUGUGUUGCCAGUGGAGACAGAGCUAAGUACGGAGUGGCCAAAGCCAAGACCCUAGCUAUCGGGUAUCACUAAGGAAGAUGAACCCGGGGCAAUGCGUUGAGAAAUGGCACCAUGGAGUAGUUCGGUAGACACUAGGGAUGGGCAGGAACCCAUUCAGCCAAAGAAGAUGGUGAUUUGGGCUCCAGAGACCAGGGGUCACACUACUUGGUUCUUCAGAAGCCACUGAUCCUACCCUUUGAGUAGAGGAAGUAUUAAAUCAAUCUAAUACUUCUAUUUCUGGGCUACUUCCUAUGCCCUUUCAAACUACUUCCUUUCUUCUAGAAGAAUCCAGAGUGUGUCUCAGAGAACAUGUGUUCAUGUGUGUCCAUGUAUAUAUGUAUCUAGGAAGGCAAUUCUGCUGAAU